CUCUAUAGGUCAUGUCUCUUUGAGAGAAUAGUGUCAUCAAUAUGCAGAGACAGCAUCACCUUGUGCAAUGGUCACUUUCAGGUGAUAAUCUGGAAGCCAUGAAGUCUAUAGGUUAACUAUCACUACCAUGAAUCAGAAUGGCAGGGGAAGACAUGAAUGAUUUAUCAGUUGAUUCAAAUUUCUUCAAAGAUGUUGUGUAUUACACCACAGGGACAGUGUCACCAAAGGUUCUUUCCCUGCUGUCAGAUGGUGGAGCAAGGAAGUAUAACUACCUGUGUGAGUUGAUCACCCAUUGCAUAGCAGGAUCUGAUGCUGCUCAGAGCAGUGAAAUUGAAGAGGCCAGAGAAAUAUACGAAAAGCCAGACCAGAACAAUCGGGACAAAGUCAGAUCACAGUCUUCUCAUCUUUCCUCCAUCAAUCUCCAAGAUAUGACUAAUGUGAUGUCUUUAUUGCAUACUAAUGGUGAAAAAACCCAACCAUUUCUCAUGGGAGAGGAGGACCUCUUCUCCAAAGUUACUGCUUAUAUAGAGGGAGUAGAGGAGUCAGAUAAGCAGGCACUUUGGGCUCAUGUAACCUUCCAUGGAGGAAAAUGCCUCAAAGCUUAUUCCUCCAAGUGCACCCAUCUCAUCCUCGCCAAACCAGAAGGGGAAGCAUAUGAAGCAGCAAUGAAAAGUGAGAUGGUCACAGUUGUGACUCCUGACUGGGUAAUUGUAAGUUGCCAGGAAAAGAAGCUUUCUGACUCUGCUAUUUACCACCCCAAGCUUCUUGUAUUUCCAAAGGAGCCUAGUCCUGAACCUGCAAAGCAAGAGUCUCUGUUAUCUACAGCAAGCAUAUUAGGUUUUGAAGCAGAGGAGAAACCCAAGUAUGAAACACCUACUCAAUGUAGUAAGUCCAUAGAGGAGAAAAAAUUGGAAGAAUUGCGACAAAGAAUGCCCUGGAACCUUCCCAGUACUCCACCUCAGCGACCUUCCAUGGAGAUUUCAGGGACUCCUCGAAUGCCAACACCUCAACAGAUUCCAAAGCCUGAGCAGCCACGUGCAGGGCAUUUGCCUCAACAGAGAUGGUCCUCACAAGUGGCUCAACAGACACAACAGUUGCACCCUCAACAGCGGUACAUGCAGCAGCGUAUACAGCAGCAGCAAAGACCACAAGGACCUCCACUUGUGCAAGGGCAAACACAACAGUGGAUCGUCCAGGAAUCAGGAAUGAAGCACAUGCAACAGCCAUAUGUGCCUCGACAACAAACCAUGUCUCAGGAGGCUUCCACACCAGUAUCAGGAGUCACUCACUUUGGACCUGGGCCUGGGCCUGGGCUCAGUCCAGGACAGCAACAGAAUCCAAUACCAACUCCUAUGUGUGAUGGACAACCUCAGCCUCAAGGUCAUUCAGUUCCAAGUGGCAUUCUAGGACCUUCCCAACAUGUAGCUGUUCAGCCAACUAUGGCCCCAGGUCAAGCUCCUGUAGUACAUGCCAAGACUAAGACUGCCCUGGCAAAUUUGUUGAGCCAUCGACUUGCUCCCCCUCAUCAUACUUUGGGUGUGAAGGCUGUUGCUGAAAACUCAGCUGCUGAUCUCAUGACCACUAUUCAGCAUGGUCAGCAACAAAUUCAGCAAGCUCAGCAGGCAAGUCAUCCGCUUGGCAUGGCUUGGCAGUCCUGCCCUGAUCUUUGGUUGCUAGCUCUUUCUUUCACUCUUCAGUUCUUGAUCACUAUGACCAUCCAUAAUAAGUUGUUUCUUCAGCAACCACAGGAGCUGCUAGAUCCUCCAAUGCAUGCUUUCUCACCAUUUUGCCAACAAGGGCUAGCUGAUAGCCAAUUGGCAACCUAUCAGCAGCACUCCCCAAGUGGCCAGAGGUUGACUUUAGGGGUUGGACCAGUUGGAGUUCCUGUUACAAGCACAUCCCCAAGGAUGCCUAUUGGGCCCCAGUCCCAACCAAUGCGUCCUGUUCUGCGAGUUCAGCAACCUGCCAUUAGAAUUGGAAUUCCUUCCACCAAUCAACCAAGAAGUGCCCCGGUCCAUGUCCCCAAAGUUCAGUUUUAUGGACAUGAAUUAAACAUAAAACUUCCUCCAGAUCUCUUCCUGCUGGGGUGCGUGUUCUGUAUCAUUGCUGAUGACGAGUUCAUUGUUAAGAAUCAUUCCAAGAUUUGCAAAGUGAUAGCUGCACAUGCUGGUGAGGUUCAAGAACAAUAUUCUCCUUCUGUCACCCAUCUCAUCUGCUCAUACCUCAAGCAUCCUGCUGCCACAAGAGCAUUACGGGAUGGGAAGCGAGUUGUCAGUCUGCGAUGGCUGAAUGACGUAAUGGAAGAGAAGACUCUGAUGCCCCCUUGGCAGGCUCUGCAUUUCCCUUUACCUAUGAGUCAAGGACAACAUCCUCUAAGACGCCUUGUUAUGUCAUCUACGGGAUUUCAAGGCCAGGAGAAAAGGAGAGUCAUGCAGAUGAUUAAGGCCCUUGGUGCAAAAUAUACACAAUAUUUCUCACAGCAUAAUAGCAUUCUCAUUUGCAAGAAACCUGAAGGUACAAAAUUCAAGAAAGCUCGUGAAUGGAAGAAGCCAGUGGUGAAUGUUGCAUGGUUGAAUGAACUCCUCUUGGGGCACUUUGCUGCUCUCAACUUCCCAUGGAAUCCAAAGUAUCAACUCUUCAACAAUGAGGAUAUCUUUCGAAUUGAUUACUUGCUGGCUCCUGAACUCAUGGCACCCUGGAAGCAGCCAAUUGAAGUUACUCAGGAAGUGCUCCGUCGCUUCAAAGCUCAGCCCCCACCCAAAUUGCUCAAACGCAAAAGGCCAUUGGAGCAGCAAGGGAACAUUCAAGAAAUUGCAAGCAAGAGAGUGAAACUGGAAUUGCCUCCUCUUCCUGAGGAGGAUGGGAAGCCCCAUCCCUGUGUUACUUUCUCUUGCUUCCAAGAUGCAGAAGCCCUCCAGUCCCUCAUGAAGAAAAUGUUCGGCCUUGGAGUUCAUGUUGAUAUGACAGGAGCCAAUGCCACUCAUCUGGUGAUGGAAAGAGUUGCUAGAGUCCCAAAACUCAUGUGUGCUCUAGCCAGAUGCACAUAUAUUGUGACUAAACAGUGGGCAGAGGACUCUGUUGCUCAAGGGAGACUCAUAGAUGAGGCACCAUACAUAGUGUCUGAUCCUGUCUUUGAGAAGAAGUUCAACUUCAGCAUCAAGUUAGUUCUGUCAAGGCCUAGACCUCAGAGGAUGGAAUUAUUCAAGGGUCUCACUUUUUACCUGACUCCUUCCAUUAUCCCUACUCCUGUGCAAAUGACCCUGAUCAUUGAAAGUGCUGGAGGGAUUGUGAAGAAGCAGAGGUCAUCUGUGAAGAAAAUCAAGGAAAUGAACCGUACUGGCCUGAAUUACAUAAUCAUAUCUUGCCUUGCUGAUAUGCAUAUGCUCAGCGAAGUUACAAAGGCACACAUUGAUGUUUUCCAUGUGGAAUUCGUCCUGGGGGCCAUCAUGAAGCAGAAGAUCACUUAUGACUCCCUUUACUACAUUCAUUAGUGCCUUUUUUAGCUUGAUGCAUCCACAAGAGCCUUUGCAUUCUGCUCAUUUCAAGACACCCAGCAGGUUUUGUUUGAAUCCAGUCAGGAUUCAUUCAAUUAGGAUUGUUUAUUGCCUUCUUUGAGGUACAAGAGAAGUUCACUGUUAUUUCAUAUCCAUGGCAUUAUUGUUCUUUUGUGGUUGUCUUGGCCUUUGUGUUAUUGCAGUGAAUAUGACUUUGCUGUAGAAUCUUUUUUUGCUGAGUGUUCAUGCUGUCUGGAAACAGAAGUCUUUUUCAUAUUUAUUGCAUUUUGAGCAAGAGAAGCCUACAGAUGCCUGAGGAUGUUACAGAUACAUGGAGCAGAAAUGAUCCAUGUAGUCAAUUUAUCUCUGUGAUCUUUACAUGCAAGUAAAAGGAGUUCCUGUUGGGUUGCUGGUGACCAUGAGAAAUAAAAGUCAC